CAGGAGACUCAUUCUGAACAGAUGGGAAGAACUCCCAUCUGCUCUCAGGGCUUGAACAGAGGAGCUUGGUCUCCGGAGGAGGAUCGAAUCCUCACAUCCUAUAUCGAAACCCAUGGUGCCGGAAAAUGGUCGAACGUUCCCAAAGAAGCCGGCCUCAACCGGUGCGGGAAGAGCUGCCGCCUUCGUUGGCUGAACUACCUCCGACCAGGCCUCAAGAGAGGUAACAUAACCCAAGAAGAGGAGGACCUUAUCAUUAGACUCCACAAGCUUCUAGGAAACAGGUGGUCUUUAAUAGCCGGUCGGCUCCCGGGACGUACCGAUAAUGAAAUUAAGAAUUAUUGGAACACAAUCCUAAGGAAGAAGGUGCAACAAGGCACCUUGGCUCAAGCACAUGAACUAGAGUCAGGCACCGCCGACCAGACCGGGGCGGUUCGAACCAUGGCUACAAGGUGCAGUAGUAGUAGCAUGCUGAUUGAUCUGAAAGUUGAUGGAGAGAUCCAAUUGAAGGACACCGCGGCAGGAGACCAGAAUUGUAGCGGCGGUGAAUCGGUGCCAUCUUCGGACAAUCCCUUCUCGUUCAGUAAAGACAUGGUGGAUGGAUGGAUGAGAGGGGAAGAGAGCCAACCAUUCUUCUCUUGGGAGUUCAGUUCCUUUGCUUCUUUCAUGGGCACAGAAGAUUUACCAUGGUCUAACGAUGUCUUUCCUUAAUAGUACGUUUAUGUAGCCCCUUCUUGAUGGGCAUGACCAGUUUCUACUCUAAUGUGAUAAUUUAGAUUGGUGCCCCUUAGAAACACCUCCAGACAUCAGCAAAGUUACAUAUUUGAGAAGUA